AUGGCUCACCAACCACGAUUCGACCCAUAUGAGGCCGGCGAACACAACCCGUACGACUCGCACCAUCCCGGCUAUGUCGAGCAGCCAGCGUACGGUUACGGCUCCAAUUCCUCAGAUGAAAAAGGACAUGUCGUGAGCGAGCUGCCCGUCAUUGGCAGCGACGGAGGCAGCGACUUUAGCGACAUCGACCCCAAUUCGGGUGUCAAGCGUGGCCUCAAGACACGCCACUUGUCCAUGAUGGCGCUCGCUGGCAUCAUCGGUCCUGGUCUGCUUAUCGGCGCGGGUGGCGCACUAGCCAAGGGCGGACCGGCGUCGCUGAUCAUCGGCUUCGGCGUCAUUGGCUUGGUCGCAUUCAGUAUCAUGCAGUCGCUCGGCGAGCUCACGACCCUCUAUCCCACCGGCGGCGCGUUCACGGGUCUCGCUGAUCGCUUUACCGAUAAGGCCAUGGGCGCGGCACUGGGCUGGAACUACUUUAUCAUUUGGUUCUGCGUCCUUGCAAACGAGUACAACGUCCUCACUUCCAUCUUCUCCGUCUGGACCACCAAGGUGCCUCAGUGGGGAUUCUUCUUGAUCUUCUGGUUCGCAUUCCUCGCGUUCCAGCUCCUUGGUGUUGAGUCGUUCGGCGAGGCCGAGUUCUGGCUCGCUUUGAUUAAGCUUAUCGGGUUAUUCGCCUACUUUAUCUUCUCGAUUGUUUAUAUUGGCGGCGGUGUCAAGGGUGCGCCUGCGAUUGGUGCCUCGACCUGGAAGGACCCCGGGCCGUUCGUUAACGGCUUCCGCGGUGUCGCUACCGUCUUCGUCUUCUGUUCAACCUUUUAUGCUGGCGUUGAGAGUAUCGCCGUGGCCGCCACGGAGACCAAGAACCCUCGCCGCGCAGUCCCUAUCGCCAUCCGGCAGACCUUCUGGCGCAUCAUCUUCGUGUACAUGGGUUCUGCUAUCUUCUACGGCCUGACUUGCCCUUCUAACAGUCCGGGUCUGAUCGGCGCCUCGAAGGCAGCGGUCAAGAGCCCUAUGACGAUCGCCAUCCAGAACGCUGGAUGGGAAGGAGGUAUCCAUCUCGUCAACGCGUUCAUCUUCGUCACCUGUCUCAGCGCCUGCAACUCGUCGAUCUACAUCGGCUCGCGCACGCUCCUGUACAUGGGCCAGAACCAGAAGGCGCCCAAGUUCCUCGGGUGGACCGACCGCCGUGGCGUCCCAAUCCCCGCCAUCCUCCUAACGAACGCGUGUGGCGCCCUGAGCAUGAUGAAUCUCUCCACCGGCGCUGGCAAGGCGUACUCGUACAUUGUCAACUUGUCGGGCGUGUCGACGUUCCUGGUCUGGGGCUCGAUCAGCUUCAUUCACAUUCGUUUCGGUCGCGCCUGGGCCGCGCAGGGCUACUCGCGCUCCGAGCUGCCCUUCAAGUCCAUGCUGUACCCCUACAAUGCGUACUUUGGACUCGCAGCAAACAUUUUCCUCGCCCUCAUCCAAGGCUGGACGACGCUCUCUCCUUUUAACGCCGGCGACUUUGUCGACGCCUACAUUCUCCUCCCUCUCUUUGCUAUCAUUUGGAUCGGCUACAAACUCGUGUUCAAGACCAAGUUUUGGCGCGUCGACGAGAUGGACCUCCAGUCUGGUCGCCGCCGCGACGUCGACGACCUCCAGAAGCCGGCGGUUGGCAGUUUCGACUCUGGGUCGCGGCCAAGUCUCUGGAAGCGUCUGUGGACCAACUUCUAG